ACUUACUAGCAGUUCCCACUCACUACCAGUAGGUUGACUCACUGUACAAGACUCUCCCCUUCACUUCACUCUACUGCAGGGUGGGAGAUGCAACAAUGGGCUUGAGAACAGCAGGAAGUGUGUUGGUGGUCUUUCUCUGGUCUGUGACAGUGGUACUGAGUCAGAAAGGCUGGAGUGUUACAUACACCACUCAGAGUAUCUGUACCUUGAAGGGGUCAACAGUGGAGAUGUCCUGCUCUUACACAUAUCCCAGUGGUACAGUCACAACAACCUUCUGGUUCACCAAAAAGUAUGCUGUGGAGAAUUAUGUAAAUCUGAGAAAUGACUCAAACUACAAAGGUCGUGUGACGUACCGUAGUGAUAAGAUGAAUGGACACAACCUGACAAUCACAGACCUGAGAGAGAGUGACUCAGCUAUGUACAAAUUCAGAUUCAUAACAGAUCAGACUGGAGGGAAAUAUACUGGUGAUCCUGGAGUCACUCUGUCUGUUACAGACCUGCAGGUGAAGGUGACCACUACAUGGUGGUCAACGACACUGACCUGUAGCACCACCUGUACUCUGACUGGUAACCCCACCUACACCUGGUACAGGAACAGUAAGAUUGUACAAGAUGACUCCUCCCCCUCAUACACAGUCUACUUUAAAACUGAAGACAGCUUCUACUGUGCUGUAAAAGGCAUCAAUUCUAAUGCAGUGUCUGUUGAGGGUCACAGUUAUUUCCACGUGACUUACACCCAUCAGAGGAUCUGUACCUUGAAGAGGUCAUCAGUGGACAUAUCCUGCUCUUAUACUUAUCCCAGUGGUCAUACAGUCUCUGAAACAAUCUGGUAUACAAAAGGAAAACUUAAUGAGGCGCCUCAAAUCCUGAGCCCGGGGUAUGGGGGUCGUGUGGAGUACCUUGGAAAUAUGCAGAGUGACUCCAUCCUGAGAAUCACAGACCUGAGAGAGGAGGACUCAGCUGAGUAUAAGUUUAGAUUCACAACCUGGGAGCCCACCUUCCCUGGAACAACUCUGACUGUCACAGGUCUGCAGGUGAAGGUGACUCCUGCCACUGUGACAGAGGGACAGAAGGUGACACUGACCUGUAGCACCACCUGUACUCUGGGUGACAACCCCACCUAUGUUUGGUACAAGAAUGGACAUGUAACCAACCAAUCUACCAGUCUGUUCCUAAACCCAGUCAGCAGUGAGGAUACAGGCAGAUACUCCUGUUCUGUAGAAGGACAUGAGGAUCUCCCCUCUGCUGAAGAGACUCUCACUGUCACAUACGGCCCAAAGAACACCUCAGUGUCAGUCAGUCCCUCUGGUGGAAUAGUGGAGGGCAGUUCAGUGACUCUGACCUGCAGCAGUGAUGCCAACCCACCUGUGGACAAAUACACCUGGUACAAGAAGAACGUAACCUCACCAAAAGCAUCAGGACAGAGUUACAGCAUCACUAACAUCAUCUCUGAGGACAGAGGAGAAUACUACUGUGAGGCCCAGAAUGGAAGAGGAUCUAAUAACUCUACAGCUCAGAUGAUCAUUGUAGCAGGGAAACAAACAUCAGUUAUGUCUGCAGCUGUAGGAAUCAUAGUUGUUGUUCUGGUUCCCAUCCUCUGUCUCUCUGGCUUCAUGUGGUUCAGGAGAUCCACAGCAGAAAGUGAUGCCACAACAGGGAUAGAGAGUGUCCAUCCUGAUCCUAACAGUGACAUGUACACAACACUGAACAUGAAGACCAGGUCACCAGAGUAUGACACCCUGGCAAAUGUGAGGGACUCCCCCACUGUCACAAUCCCUCAGAUAGAUGCUGAUGCCUCCGAUUAUGAGAACUGAAGAGAACCACCACAGAAUCUGGACUAAAGAGAACCACAACAGAACCUGGACUGAAAAGAACCACCACAGAACCUGGACUAAAGAGAACCACAACAGAACCUGGACUGAAGAGAACCACAACAGAACCUGGACUGAAGAGAACCACAACAGAACCUGGACUGAAGAGAACCACCACAGAACAUGACUGAAGAGAACCACCGUAGAAACUGG